AUGGCGCCGGCAGGCCCAGAGCCGCUGCCGCUGCUGUCUGAGUUCCUCGCGGCUCAGGAGCGGCGCGCGCAGCUGUACGGCAGCUUCCAGGCGGCGUUCCGGGGGUUCCUGCGGGACAGGGACGAGGGGCGGUACAAGAGGAGCAUUCAGGAAGUGACUCUCGAGUUUGGGGCGGUGUCGCAGCAGGUGCGCGCGCUGGAGGCGGCCCUGGCGGCGCCGAGGGGCGGCGGCGGCGCGGGGCGGCCCGACCUGGCCGCGCUGCUGAGGCGCGUCCAGAAUGCUGAGGCUGACAAGCUCAGGCUGACCGUCAGCUGGCAGGCUCUGAGGGACGCCUCCACCCCCCAGGCCCUCGCCGCGGCCGGCGGCGCCCCGCGGCGCGGCGGCGGCCCAGAGGGCCCGGGCGAGGCGCUCGCGCGGCAGCUGCAGGGGAUCGCGGUGGAGGCGGCGGCGGGGGCCGGCGGCGGCGCGUGCUGCGGCGCCCACGGCGGCCACGCGCACGCGCAUGAGAAUGGCGCCCCGGUUGCACCGGCCGCCGGCGGCGCCGACGCGGCCAAGUCGCACGCCGGCGACCAGGAGCCCGCCGUCCACGCGCCCGCGCCCGCGGCCGGCGCGGCGGCCGGCGACGAGGGGUGCGCUGCGGCGCCCAGCGGCGGCGGCGGCGGGACGGGGCCUGGGGGCGUGCUGUACGGCGCUGACGGCAUCGCAGCGCCAUUGGCUGCCGAUGUCGCCGCCGCGACGCGCGAGGCGGCGCGCGGAUUGGAUGGCGCGAUAGAGGAGAUCAACGCGGCCCUGGAGGAGGUCAGGGAGGCGGCCGACGAUCUGAGGCGCGGAGGGGUGGGCGAUGAGGUCAUGGCGUGA